CCUUGCGAUCUGAGGCAUCUCCAGGUUGGGCUGGUGUGGCAGAGAAAACCGUCCGCCCCCGAGUGAUCCGUGUGUGAUUUCUCCCUGGGGAACUGCUAAGAAUACGCUCUACGGGCAAAACUGGACUCCACAGGUUUGGGACAGAGAAUCCUAGAAUCCCGAAAGACAGGUGAGCGUGCCCAAGGGAAGGGCAGUCCAGGGUCACUAGCCAGAACUCCAUGGCCGCACGCGCCCGCCGCCUGUGCCAUAUCACCUUCCACGUGCCCGUGGGGCAGCCUCUUGCCCAGGAUCUGCAGCGCCUCUUCGGUUUCCAGCCCUUGGCUGUGCGGGAGGCAAACGGCUGGCGGCAACUGGCCCUGCGCAGCGGGGACGCGGUCUUUUUGGUGAAUGAGGGCGCGGGGACCCGGGAGCCGCUUUACAGCCUGGACCCGUGUCACGCCGUGCCCAGCGCCACCAACCUGUGCUUUGAGGUGGCAGACGCGGCAGUAGCUGCUCGGGCGCUGGAGGUGCGGGGCUGCAGCGUGCUGGUGCCCCCAGUAAACGUAGGGGAUGAGCAGGGUGCUGCCACCUACACCGUAGUUAGCUCGCCGGUUGGCAACCUCAGCCUAACGCUGCUAGAGCGCGCCCACUACCGCGGACCUUUCCUGCCCGGCUUCCGGCCCCUGUCCUCCAAAACUGGCCCGAACUGGAUCAGCCACAUAGACCACCUGACCCUGGCCUGCAACCGCGGCAGCUCCCCCAGACUGAUGCGCUGGUUCCACGACUGUCUAGGCUUUUGCCACCUGCCACUGAGCCAGGGUGAGGAUCCUGACUUGGGCCUUGAGGUGACAGCAGGGUCUGGACCAGGGGGUCUGAGGCUCACUGCCCUGCAGACCCCACCAAGCAGUGCUGUGCCCACCCUUGUGCUGGCCGAGUCUCUGCCAGGGGCCACCAGGGGCCAGGACCAAGUGGAACAGUUCCUGGCCCACCACAGAGGGCCAGGCUUGCAGCACGUGGGGCUGUACACACCGAACAUCAUGGAAGCCACUGAAAAGGUGACUUUGGCCGGGGGUCAGCUCCUGACUCCUCCUGAGGCGUACUACCAGCAGCCAGGCAAGGAAAGUCAGAUCCUAGCCGCAGGGCAUGAGCCUAGCAGGCUGGCCCAGCAGGGAAUCCUGCUAGAUGGCAAUAAAGGCAAGUUUUUGCUUCAGAUCUUCACCAAGUCACUCUUUGCAGAAGACACCUUCUUCCUGGAGCUGAUUCAGAGGCAGGGGGCCACAGGCUUUGGCCAGGGCAAUAUCCAGGCCCUGUGGCAGUCAGUCCUUGAAGAGGCAAGGUGCCAGGGGUCAGGAAGCCUGGCAGCCCGUAAGGCAUCCAGCACAGGGCCUGGGGGAACGAAGAAUCACCUAGAGGCCCAGAGUGAAAGGCUCUGUCCCUAGGGGCCAGGUGUGGCCUCCACCUCAUCAGUACCUACCGAAAGAAACGAACGCUGAAUCUCUCACUGGCGUCCAAAGAGGAUGGUUGGUUUUUAACUAUAAAAUGUUUCUUACAUAGUAUAUAUCUAAUACAUGUGGAAGAUAUAAAUAAUAAAGGAGUGUAACUCCUUUAGGAAAUAGGACAUGACCAUUACUUCUGAAGACUUUUGUGCCCUUCUCCGAUCCCAUUUCCCUUCACCCUCUCCCUAUUUUAGGGCCAUUAACCCUUUGCUUUUCUGUGUUGUUUCACUACGUAUGCCAUCUAUCCCUAAAUAAAAGA